AUGGCUUUUGAGGUUCCUCUAAGCAAUGUUGCAAAUGCUGUUUUGAACAAAAACGAGAUUAUUUUCGAAUUUCACCUAAAUGAUGAAGCUGAAGUUUGCUUAUCUGAAAUGCGUCUGUACACUCCGGGAACUGAAGCUGAUAGGGAAGGCAAAGCCCCUUCUAUAUAUUCCAAGGUUACUCAAAAGGCAGAUAUUAUUCAGGUUACGGGAGAUUUCUUGGUCGAAUUCAAACAGUUGCAGUGUCUUCAACCUCGUGGCCGUUAUGAUGUUAAAUUAUAUCCAAGUUUUAUCCAUUUGCAUGGCAAGUCUUACGACUUUAAAGUCCCAAAGAAUACUAUUACUCGGUUGAUGGUGCUUCCUCAUCCCGAUAAUCGGCAGAUAUUCUUUGCAGUUCAACUUGAUCCACCGAUCAAACAUGGUCAAACCAGAUAUCAUUUUGUGAUUUCCCUUUUCGACAAGGAUUCGCACAUAAACUUGGAAAUGGCUGCAUCAGAAGACUGGCUUCAGGAGCAGUUCAAUGGAAAAUUAACUCGAAAUAUUUCAGGACCUGAAUAUGAAGUUGUAGCUCGCGUGUUCAAGGUUCUAUUUGAUCAGAAAGUUACAGUCCCAGGAAGCUUCUCUGCAAAAGGCGGUGGUUGUGCAGUUGCAUGCAGUUACAAAGCGUCUGUUGGUUUGUUGUAUCCAUUAGAGAGAGGUUUUACAUUCGUUCCUCGUCCUCCAAUUUCUAUACGUUUCGAUGAAAUAGUAGCUGUACAAUUUUCCCGUGGGACGGGUGCUCAAAGGUCUUUUGAUUUUGAGGUGGAAACUCGUAAUGGUUUAACGCAUACAUUCACUUCUAUCGAAAGAGAUGAAUAUCAUCAUUUGUACGAUUUUGUAACUGCUAAAAAACUUCGUGUUAAAAAUAUCAGUUCAGAAAACAAAACUACUAAUCCUGGUGAUGACGUUUGGUCAUCAUCUGAUGAAUCGCAUGAUGCUUACAUGGAGAAGGUAAAGACAGAAGCUCGAGAACGAACAACUGAAAUGGAUGAUGAAGAUGACGACGAUGAAGAUGAUGAAGAUUUCAAACCACCGGAAUCUGAUGGUUCUGAACUUGCUGAAGAAUAUGAUAGUAAUGUUCAAACAACAACAAGUGAAGAUGAAUCUGGAGACAACGAUGAUGAUGAUGAUUCGGAGGAGAACAAAAGUAACACUAGUAGUAAGAAUACUACUACACACAAGAAAAAAGAUAAACGAGACAAUGAUAGUGAUGGAUAUGAAGACAGCUUGUCAAGUGUAAGCAGUACUAGUGAACCUAAACCAAAACCAAAAAAAUUGAAAGAAGAACCAAAGAAAUCAACAACUAAACCCCGUAAAGAUGAAACAAAACGACAAACAACAAAAAAACAAAAAAAACCUAAAGAUCCUAAUGCACCAACUCGUCCACUUUCUGCUUAUUUCUUAUGGUUUAAUGAGAAUAGAGAGAAAAUUGCAAAAAGUUUAGAUGGACAAAAUUCUGUUGCUGAAGUAGCUAAAGCUGCUGGAGAGAUUUGGCGAAAUAUGGAUAGUACAGUAAAAUCAGGUUAUCAAUCAAGAGUUGAUGAAUUAAAAAAGAAAUAUCAAGAAGAUUUACGUAUAUAUCAAUCAAAUUUAGCGUCUUCUAAAGAACCAGAUUUAUCACCAGAUUCUAGUAGUUAA